AUCCUCAAAAAGAUGCUCAAAACACAACAAAACAACUGUUAACGCUUUUCGUUUUUGUUUCUUUUUCCCUCUUCUUUUUCUCCUCUUCUUCUUCUUCUUCCUUGUUCUUUCCGUGUGUCCACUUUCUUCAAUCCAUUGGCGUAUCCCUACACCCCUCCAAUGCCGAACCACGAUAUAACCUCCCCUCUCAUCACCUCCGAUCAUCUCAUCCUCACCGUCGACCCACUCCCCGCCGCCGACACCACUUCCGCAGCUCCACUUUCCGGCACCGCCGGAGGGAAUCCUUUUACUUUUCUGGGAUGCGAUGAGAGUGAAGCGUUGACUGUGCCGGUUCCGAUGACCGUUGACCCGUUCAAGAACAACACGCCGAAUAUUGAGGGAGUCUACGAGUGGUUGAAGAUGCUUCUGUGCUUGCCAAUUGCGAUUCUCAGGCUUGUGCUUUUCGGAUUGUGCCUUGCUGUUGGGUAUAUUGCAACGAGGUUGGCGUUGGAAGGGUGGAAGGACAAGGAGAACCCCAUGCCUAAGUGGAGGUGCAGGCUCAUGUGGGUGUCUGUCCGUGUUGAUCGUUAG